GAAAUUCGAAUGGAUACAAUGGAAGAAAAGGUGAUUGCUAGUAUUCGAGCAAUAUGUCAGGAAUUAUAGAAACUACCUGUGAUUGAAAAAGGGUUGCCUGCCUUGGUGAGUCGUCCCGAACAGUUCAUGCGUCUUCAGGAAUGUCGACUAACACUUGUUGUUGGAUGGUCGGGAGCAACUAUUGGCGACUGGAAAGACGCUGAUUAUGGGGGAAGAACCACGAUUGAUGCCUGGGUACAAGGGGAUUGAGAUGGAAGACAACAACAAUUGUUUUGGCGGUUAUCAACCAGAGGGGACAUCAGACGUAGGCAAAUUGAACUCUACUUUCGAUGGUGACAACCCGAAUGGGUGGAUUCUCAAGACUAAGAUAUUUUUCUAUCCAUCCUAUGACUGAUGCUAAAAGUUUAGAAAUUGCUGUAAUGAGUCUUGUGGAAGAAGCGCUGAUCUGGUUUCUGUAGGAAAAUCGUUGGGGACCUUUUUGGAUGUGGACUGUAUUGAAGGGUAGAUGAUACAUCGAUUCCGUCUUCCUCCAUCGGGAUCUAUGUAUAGUUAGUGACUUCUAGGCAUCAACUCAAGAAGGAUCUGUGGGAGAUUAUCGCUAAAAUUUGGAGCUUUUGGCUUCAUUGCUGGAGGGAAUCAUCGAACCAGUUAUGGAGUGGAGUCUACUUUCAUAAAUGGGCUCCAAACUGAAACAAGACAUGACAUUAUUGUCCUUGGGCCAUUACUUGAGCAAGACAUGGAAUUAGCCCAAAGGAUCAAAACAGAAAUUGGGCCCAACGUGUAGAGACAAAUUGUAACUUAGGUUAGCUAAGUGCAACUUCUGCAAAUCCAGCCUAGAAAAUUUAUUUCCCUCGAACAAUUUCAUCCAAAGAAGACUCAAGGUACCGUCAAUUUUUUAGAGACAAAGCUCCAAUAGAAAUGUGCCAAAUGUCUGUGUUAUGAGUGUGAUGAGAAAUAUUCACCGAGACACUGAUGUAAAAAGAAAGAAUUACAAGUGUUAUUGUUACAAGAUGCAUUUGAAAGUGAGGAAGAAUUCCAUGGAGAGUGUAGAAGAUGCGAAGCUACAGGAACCAAAGCACCAAGACCCAUCAUCCAAUGAAGUUUACUGUGGGUAACAUAGCAGUGCGCUUGCAAGGAGACCCAACAUUGCACAAGACCUGAGUAUCACUUAAGGCCAUGACGCGACUGAUUAAACACGAGGGUCAAGCAAUGAUUAUUGAGUUGGGGGAGAUUGCAAAACCAGAAGAAGACCAGGAAGCUCUUGCUGCAAUUUCUAGAGUACUCCAAGAAGGCAAUCGCGUGUUUGAGAUGCCUAUGGAGUUACCACCCAUACGGGGCAGUGAGCUAUUGUCUUACGUGAAGGUUCAUCCCUAAUAAGCGUUUGAUUUUAUAGGUAUUCACAAAGUGCAGAAAGAUGCACUUCAGCAGUUAGUUAAAGGGAUGUUGGUGGCAAGGAUCAUCAAACCCCUUGUGAGUCCUUUCUAUAGUCCUGUUUUGUUGGUUUGCAAGAAGGAUUGAAGUUGGCGGUUUUGUGUGGACUAUCAGGCCUUGAACUGGAAGACAAUUCCAGAUAAGUUUCUAAUUCCGGUUAUUGACGAACUUUAGGAUGAGCUCCAUGGGGCAAUUAUUUCUUCAAAGCUCGAUCUCAAAUCCAGCUAUCAUCAAAUUCAGGUUCAACCAGAAGAUGUGCCCAAAACAGUGUUUAGGACCCAUGGACUUUAUGAAUUUCUUAUAAUGCCUUUUGGUUUAGCCAGUGCUCCAGCCACAUUCUAGCCACAUUCUAGGCAACGAUGAAUGAGGUAUUUUGCCUAUAUUUGUGUUGGCUUGUUAUGGUAUUUUUUGAUGAUUGUAUACAACUGUAGCUUGGACGACCAUGUUUGUCAUCUUUCCAUUGUUUUGGGUUUAUCGUCUGAUAAGAACCGAGUACUAAAUCACUCAAACCAGUAGCAAAUAGCACAAACAACAACAAUAGUAGCAGUAUUACAGUAGCAAAAUAAUAGCCAAUCAGUAGUGUUAGAGAAUUAGCUGUAUAUUAGGUGUAAAAGAAUUAGGGUAACUUGUAUUUAGUAGUUUUCUUUUUUGUUGGUAGUUUCCUAUUUCCUAGUCUCCUAGCUUUGUAUAUAAAUAUGUACUAUUCUAUGAAAUAAACAGAUAAUUCGAUUCACUAUUUUCUACAUGGUAUCAGAGCAUUGUGAUUCAAAAUUCGAAAUUCGAAAUUAGGGUUCUGAAAAAAAAAAAAAAUAAAAUAAAAUAAAAAUUAGGGUUUGAGUUUAGGGUUGUUUUUUCGAAAACCCUAUUUGGAGUGACCAUUUUUUCUCACCGCCCACAUAGGAAGACUGCCCAGCCGCCGGACUGCAAAACCCAAAAGUCCGGCGUCCAGAUUCACCGCGCGUGGGGCCCACGCGCCGUCGUCCGCCGCUGCCAACCGUCCCACGCGCCGGCGCGUGAGGGCGCGUCCGGCGUCUUCUCCGGUGUCGGUCGACGCCCGUCCCACUCCUGCUCCUUUCUCGUCCUCCUUGCUUCGGUUUUCGGCGGUUCUUCGCAUUUUGUGGUUUGAUACUUUUGUCUUCUUUGUGUUUGGGUAUCUAUUCCUUUGAGUUUGUUCUCUUCCUUUUUUCUGUCAAUUUUUUUUUGGUUUCGAGAUUAUGGCAGAGAUAAAAUCAGAUUCGAAGUCAAUCGUUGUUUCUGAUGUGGUUCCCGUGAUGUCUAAAAUCACGGACCAUAAGUUGAUUGGUUCGAAUUAUUUGGAAUGGAGUAAGACGAUUCGACUGUAUUUGAGGAGUAUUGACAAAGAUGAUCACUUGACUGACGAUCCUCCUGAAGAAACAAACGAUUCAAGGAAAAUAUGGCUCCGUGAGGAUGCUCGCUUGUUCCUUCAAAUUCGAAAUUCUAUCGAUAAUGAGGUAAUUAGUUUGAUUAAUCAUUGUGAAUUGGUUAAAGAACUAAUGGGUUACUUGGAGUUUUUGUAUUCUGGCAAAGACAACAUCUCUCGCAUAUAUGAUGUUUGCAAAGCUUUUUAUCGCGCGGAAAAACAAGAUAAGUCUCUUAUGAAUUAUUUUAUGGCUUUCAAGAAAACAUAUGAAGAACUUAAUGUGCUAUUACCCUUUAGUCCUGAUGUAAAAGUUCAACAGCGCCAACGAGAACAGAUGGCUAUUAUGAGUUUUCUUGCAGGACUCUCAUCUGAAUUUGACUCUGCAAAGUCACAAGUUCUCUCUGGUUCUGAUGUCUCCUCUUUACAAGAUGUGUUUACUCGUGUUCUUCGCACAGAGACUACCUCUUCAACUCCUCUUAAUAGCGCCUUGGUGAGUCGUAAUAAUUCUGCACCAGAAAGAAACUCUACUCCAAGUGGAUUUAAAGGAGGUAAUUCACAAGGACCUGAUAACCGCACACCAAAUUCUGGGAGCAUCAUGUGCAAUUAUUGUAAGAAACCAGGCCACACCAAGUUUGAGUGUAGGAAGUUACAAUUUAAGAAUCGACAACAACACUCUGCCAAUAUUGCAAGCACUAGUGAUGCAUCUGACAAAUCGGUCCUUAUUUCUGCUGAUGAAUUUGCCAAGUUCUCAAGGUAUCAGGAAACACUUAAGUCUUCAUCUUCUUCUGUCACUGCGAUUGCUGAUUCAGGAUCUUAUGACGAAGAAGAUUAUUGGUAAAGGACAUGAAUCUGGUGGCUUGUAUGUUCUUGACCCACUUCCGCCAACCUCUAUUGCUUGUUCGAGUGUUGCUUCCGCUUUUGAGGCUCAUUGUCGUUUAGGUCAUCCAUCCCUUCCUUUGCUCAAGAAACUGUGUCCCCAAUAUAGUAGUUUAUCUUCGUUAGAAUGUGAGUCAUGUCAGUUUGCCAAACAUCAUCGUGUUAGUUUGAGUCCACGUGUCAAUAAACGUGCGAGUGUUCCUUUUGAGUUAGUUCAUUCUGAUGUUUGGGGUCCUUCUCCUAUUUUGUCUCAACCUGGAUUCAGGUAUUUUGUUACUUUUGUGGAUGAUUAUUCUCGUUUAACUUGGUUAUAUUUAAUGAAAAAUCGUUCUGAGUUGUUUUCUAUAUUC